AUGAUUCUACUACAGGCCCGAGAACGCGCUUAUCUCUCAUGGAUUAAUUCGAAAGUCUCCGCCGUGUGUCCUGGAAUGUCAUUGCGCUCGUUGGACGACGAGGGCAUGCGAAAUGGCACCGCAUUGGCUGAACUAAUUGAUGCUGCCUCCGCCUCUAGAAUAAACAUAAAAUCACCAUGCACAACAGAGGCAGAGAAGAUCGCCAACAUCCGUGAAAUCCUCCGGCGCCUCCGCGACCUCAAUGUCCCCGUUUCAACCAUUCAGGCGGAAGACAUUGUAUACGGCAACAAGGAUAGCAUCAUGCGGCUCCUGUUGGCUAUUUCUGCCUCUUUUAUGCCCAGCCACAUACACGACGUGAAGCACGAGAUUCGCGAUCGACACGCAGCUUUUGGUGGACAGAGAGUUUGGCACCACGUGACCAAUGUCGGUUCUGAGGCGGCCCUGGCACAAAACCGCCUCUUUCCAACCACCUACCGUCUGCAGCCUAUAACAAUUCACCGUCUCGUUCCAGCUGUACGGCCACCACUUCUACAUGUGACCACGGCGCCUGUGCAACAGAUGGCUCAGCAAAAAAACGCAAAACUCACAACAACUUCGCUCGCGCGCCGCAUAUCCAGCCACAUAUACAAUCGGAGCAUGGAUAAAGGCAAACAAAUGUACCAACAACAGCAGUCUCUACAACAGGAUCAAAACAGCCAAAGUAAGCUAAGAUCGUGGGAGAAUCUCGUACUAAGGGAAGAACAGCAGAAGCCUAUGAGAGCAUCGAAAUCCCUCAAUGCUCUACAUGGCCGAACAUUUGUAUCAAAUAGCUUUGGAAAGAAGAACAAUGCGCCCAGAGAAGAGAUUUAUGAGUAUUCGUUGAGUGAUCGUCGCCUUCAUCGCAUCUCACAGGCAGCCACCGACCGUAGCAACGCAUCCUCCGACCUCAUCGAUCGAUUCGUAACACAAUGGGGCAAAUGUAGAGGCUUUAGGUGGUCAAGGCUAAGCGAGACAGGUAGACUGUCAUUGUGGGGUAGGAUUGCCGAAUUAAUGGGUCGACAAGGAACUGCUUUCCCGACCAAUUCUUCCCAGCAGAAAAGCUCCUCAACAAAAAAGACUCGUGGAAGCAUGGACGGUUAUGUAAAUCACGGCUUCUCCGACUCACCUUCCAUCACCACCACACAGUUGAGGAAAAUUGCACCUCCACUGGCUCAGAUAGCCAAGUUUCGUUUCGAUUUGGCGGGUGUGAAGUCGGAGCUCAUGCAAUUGCAGGAAGUGGGUGCGCAAGUUGAUGAAAACUUUAAGAACGGGGGCAUACAACGACAAAGGACCAAUUCCACUGGCGAUGAGACCUUUCCGAGAACUUCAACGACAAUUGAAAGCUUGCAUCGGCUACUGAAGGUUCGAACGGAGGCAAUGGACGCAUGUUUGGUUGACAAUGCCGAACUACGCCAAGCUGUAGGCGAGUUGACCUCGUCACUGAAACGCCUUCAAACGGAGAACGAAAACCUUCGACAGCGGAUAACUGGAAACCCUACCACAAUCGUCAACUCCAAUGGUCCUCGUACGUGGAGCUUUAGCUCAGAGAGCAUCCCCAACACCCCGUGCAGUCCACUGGACACGGUUCAGCAGACAAAUUUUAGGCUGGAAAAUGGUCAAUCCUACUCCACUUUGACGUGA